GGCCGCCCCUCUGCCCGCGCCCUCCGCCCGGCCGGGCCCUGCGCUCCGCCACCGCCGGGCCAUGCCACGCCGGGGACACGGGCGGCCGCCGCGGGUAGCGAUGCGCGGGGGUAGGACGGACUGACGGACAGACUGACGGACGGAGCCGGCGCGACGUCGAGGGAGAGAGAACGAGGAGAGAGAGAGAGAGAAGGAGAGCGAGGAGCGGCGGAGCGUGUCCCCGGCCCCGCGUGUCCCCGUCCCCGCGCCAGGACGCGCAGGGCGAUGUCGCCGCGGCAGCAGCCACAGCCCGUCUGACCGCCACCGCCUCUCCAUGUCCCGGCUCGUUAUUUAUUAUUAUUAUUAUUGUUGUUGUUGUUGUUGUUAUGUUUUUUCUUCCUUUGAUUUCUCAUUGGGAAAAGCACUUUGACUCCUGACUGCUCUACCUCAGACCUUAGAAAAACUCAUCACGCUCGCUUUUUUGGCGGUUUUAUUUUUAAUUUUUUUAAUUUUUAUUUUUCUGAGGGCCGAUCUUUAUAGCCGUUACUGUUUUAUUGUUACUAUUAUUAUUACUAUUAUUAUUAUUAUUAUUUUUAUCCGUGUGGUUGGCGGCGGCCGGGAUCCUGCGGCUGUGUCGAAGCGCUGGGCAGUGAGGGGUUCUCCUGUGUACCCCUUCUAGGACACUCGAACGAAGAUUUUUUCUUCUGCCUCCCUUUCUUUUUAUCCUUCUUCACUUCUCCAAGGCUUUUAAAAGAUACAUACACAAAAUCAAGAAACAAAAAAAAAAAGAAAGAAAAAACAAACAAAACAAAAACCAAACCUUCGCCGGUGUUGUCGUCUUUCUAAAAAAAAAGAGAAUUGUUGUUUCUAUUUAUUUUUUUCCUUGAUACCUGGGAAACCGCUGCCCCCCUCAGAACUAACCAAAGACAAUGGUUCACUGUGCAGGCUGCAAAAGGCCGAUCUUGGACCGGUUUUUGUUGAAUGUACUGGACAGGGCUUGGCAUGUGAAGUGUGUUCAGUGCUGUGAAUGUAAAUGCAAUUUGACAGAGAAAUGCUUUUCGCGAGAAGGCAAGCUUUACUGCAAAAACGACUUCUUUCGGUGUUUCGGGACCAAGUGCGCGGGCUGUGCCCAGGGCAUCUCCCCCAGCGACCUGGUCCGCAGGGCGCGGAGCAAAGUGUUCCACUUGAACUGUUUUACGUGUAUGAUGUGUAACAAGCAACUCUCCACCGGCGAGGAGCUCUACAUCAUAGACGAGAACAAGUUUGUCUGCAAAGAAGAUUACCUAAAUAACAGCAAUACUGCCAAAGAAAACAGCCUGCAUUCAGCCACCACCGGCAGUGACCCCAGCCUGUCCCCCGACUCUCAAGACCCCUCCCAGGACGACGCCAAGGACUCGGAAAGCGCCAACGUGUCCGACAAGGAGACGGGGAGCAACGAAAACGACGACCAGAACCUGGGGGCCAAGCGGCGGGGACCCCGCACCACCAUCAAAGCCAAACAGCUAGAGACUCUGAAAGCCGCCUUCGCGGCCACCCCAAAACCCACCCGGCACAUCAGGGAGCAGCUGGCACAGGAGACCGGCCUCAACAUGCGGGUCAUCCAGGUGUGGUUCCAGAACCGGCGCUCCAAGGAGCGGCGGAUGAAGCAGCUGAGCGCGCUGGGCGCCCGGCGACACGCGUUCUUCCGCAGCCCGCGCAGGAUGCGGCCGCUCGUGGACCGGCUGGAGCCCGGCGAGCUCAUCCCCAACGGGCCCUUCUCCUUCUACGGAGAUUAUCAGAGCGAGUAUUACGGCCCUGGAAGCAAUUACGAUUUCUUCCCGCAAGGACCGCCUUCGUCUCAAGCGCAGACCCCCGUGGACCUCCCGUUCGUGCCCUCCUCGGGGCCGUCAGGGACCCCGCUGGGGGCCAUGGACCACCCCCUGCCCGGACACCACCCCUCGAGUGAGGCUCAGCGCUUCACCGACAUCAUGUCGCACCCCCCGGGGGACUCGCCCAGCCCCGAACCCAACCUGCCCGGGUCCUUGCACUCCAUGUCCGCAGAAGUUUUUGGCCCCAGCCCCCCAUUUUCGUCGAUAUCCGUCAACGGUGGUGCUAACUACGGCAAUCACUUGUCCCACCCUCCAGAGAUGAACGAAGCAGCUGUGUGGUAGCUUUAAACAAACUGGGUCUAAGUAAGUGAUGAUCAUCUAGUCUGCUUAUUGUUAUGGUGUACAGAAAUGAAUUCAUAUAACAUCUCUCCCGCCCUAAGACAAUUUUACCUUGGGAACGAACUGAGUGCAAUCGCUCCAAGGCAAGCUUUGCUCUAGACCAGGACAAUCUCCAUGUUAUGGUUGUAUCAAACAAGCAAGGGGACUUUUUUGUACCAUUGACAAAGAAACUGGGGAAGCUGUACAGUAAAAGUGCUGCCAUUCCGUAGGAUGGCUAAGUUUGAUUACCCUGUUGGAUGUCAUCCUAAGAGCCACAAUCCUUAGAAACUUCUCGUUUAAAAAAAAAAAAAAAUUAAAAAAUAAUUGAAUGAAGGAGAGGUCAAAGAAAAGGGGAAAAAAAGCUUCAAGAACUCUCUAUAGCGUUCCUGGUUAAGGAUGAUUCUGGCAUUAUGAAUCUGUUUGUUCAUUUUUGUCUCUCAGAAAGUUCGACAACAAGAAACUCUUUUUAGCUUCAGCCAUUUCAGCCUGCUGACGAUCAGGUGGGACAACUUUUCCUUUUUCCUUUCUUUUUUUCUUUUCCGUUUUCUUUCGGUUGGUUUGGUUUGGUUUCUUUCCAAAAAUAGCAAAUACUAAAUGUUAAGCCCUCAGCACCAACUCUGCUACCUUCACAAAGCUACACGUACAAAACCUCCUCAUCAUAGCAAAGGUCACCACCCAGACCUCUAACGAAAAUGACUUGAAAAAACAAACAAACAAACAAACAAAAAGUAUUCUACCUUCACAGAGAGAGAAAAGCUAAACAAAAAGACUCUAUUGAACUAAAAACAGUCAACUGUUUACGUCUAAUGUUAAAUUCAGGAGCUCAAUGUUUUACUAAUAAAUCCUGUUUUAGAAAAACCUCUUGUUCAAAAGCAAAAGAUUUUGAGCAGCCAACCAAAAUAGUUCAUUUUCUUUUCUGUAGAUGUUCUAACAGAUUGCAGGGCUUGUGGUUCACUGUGCUAGUUUGUAAAAGGUGUUGUUUACAGAAGGCAAAGAAAAAAAAAUCCACAAAACCCAGACAGUUGCCAAAUAAAGUAAAUAUAUAGCACAAAUACUGUAAGGUGCUUUGCACCAGCAACCCGAGAAGGUGUUUAAAAAGUGUUACAAGGUUAAAAAGAAAAAAAAAAACAAACAUCUUUGCUAAUUUUUAGUCCUGUUGAACAUUCAUGGAAUUGUUAAUAUGACUUAUAUAGACCCACACAGGUUUUAUUUUUGUGUCUUUAAAAUAAAAGUCCAAAAUAUUUAAAUUUUAUGGUCAAAUAUGCAGUCAACAGCUGCUACUUUUUUCUUUAUAUAUUAAAUUUCUCAUAUGUCUUUUAUUGUUCUAAUGAACCUAAGCUUGUGUGACCUCCAGUGCAUAUUAGACCAUUCACUGUAUGAAAGAAAACAUGUUGGAUAAAAUUUGUGCGUUUUUAAUAAAAUUAGAAAAUCUGAUGUUUAGAUAA